AUGGCAGACCAAGCAGCAGACAAAGCAGCAGACAAGAUCUCAGAUCAAAUAACCCAAGAAUUCAAAGACCAAAUCCCCGAAGUCCCAUCAAAAGAUUCCUCCAAAGAGAAGAUCCUGAAAUACGCCUCGGACCGACUCAAAGCCGCCGAGGAUGCAGAGGCUAAAGCUGCCGCCGCGAGGGAACGAGCGGAGGCUUGCGAGGACCCGGAAGAGAAGAAAAAGAUAUUAGCAGAGGCGGAGAAGGAGGAGAGGAAGAGUAAGGCGGAGAUGAAGGCUGUGAAUCGGAUACAGAGUGGGGUUUGGCAAGGGGCAGGAAUGGGUGGAGGGAUGGGAGCGGGGCUGGGGAUGGGUAUUGGGGCAGGUGUGGGGACGUUGCUGGGUGGUGUGGUUAGUAUACCUACGACGGGGUUGGGGAUUCUUGCUGGGGCUGGAACGGGUGCGAUUCAUGGGCCUUGGUUUAAGUUGCCGGGGGCAGAGGGAAUGAAAGAGAAUAGGGGUGACGAAGAGGGCGGAGAAGGGAAGGUAGAAGGUGGAGGGGAAGGAUGA